CAUGUUGCCUCGUGCUACCUCGUGCUUCCUUGUGUCUUCCCCGCAGCAAACGGCUGCUUUACCUGGAGACAUUGGAGACAUUGGAGAUGUUGGAGAGGGUGAUUGAAGUUGAGACAAAGGCAACCCAGAGAAGAGGAAAAAGACUAUUUCUAAGGGAAAAGCCAACGAUCCACUCUUCUGCCUUCCUCCUCCUGCUAACAGCAUGACUGACUCUCAGCUGUGUCUGGAGGCCCUGUCGGCUCUUUCCGACUGCAGCGUCGAGCCGACCAGCGGAGCCUCCCAGCUCACCCCACAGGACUUUGUCAACAUCGUGGCCCUCAAGGAGUUUUACAAGCAGGAGGGGUUUAAAGAGCUAGAGUAUCCCAGUAUAGGGACUCUAUCCUUGCACGAACUUGACGAGCAGGACAUGUACAGCUCCCCCCUGGUGCUGACCGAAGGCAUCGCCGGGCCGGAGCAAAGCCUCAGAACUAAGCUCAAGAUCAAUCCUCUGGACUUCUUCCACCCUCAGUACGACUAUGACUUCAGAAACAUUAAGGAUGGCAACAAAACGUUCCUGCGUGGUGAUGAGCAAUACAUUCGUCCCUGUGGGUGGAACCGGGUCGCCCUGCGGGUCACACAGAAAUAUGAUGACGGGGACAUCUGGCUCGGAACAGGGAAAGACGCCUGGCCUGUUUCCUACCACGGACAGAACAUGGACGGCUCCCUCGGCAUCAUCCUGACCCGUGGCGGGAGCCUGGAAGAUGAGCCAAAGUUUCUGGAUGCUGCCGCAGCCCAUGUGAUCACUGGGGAAACAAGGGGCAGAGGGGUGUACUCCACGCCAGACAUCAAGAUGGCGGAGAAGUACUGCAAGAGGUUCAAGUCCAAAGUGGACGGGAAGACGUACAAAGUGGUUCUACAGAACCGCAUCAACCCAGAGAAGAGGGUGAAGUGCCAGAGGGAGGACAUCUGGUUGGUCUACGUCCCAAAAGGCUGCAGUGAUGUCCAGACGAGGGCCAUCGUGCAGGAGUCCAUCCGACCGUACGGGCUGCUGCUGAUGCAGGCGUGACAAAGCUUAUAACCCACAUCUUAAGCGUAUAAGGGAAAUUAAUUAAAUCUGAAGUGUUUAACAUCAACAAAAUGAAAUCAAGUAAAUGUAUGUUUGUUGGGUGUAUAAAUAGCCAACAUAUCAGUCUGCCCUUUAUCCUUACAUUUUAUUAAAAACUGUUCUUGCUUUUCCUCUCAAAUGGCAACCUUACUUGAUUUACUAUAUUGGGGACAUCCUGUUGACCUAUGGUCAAAUAAGCUGCCUGUAAAAAUCUAUUUAACUAUGGUUAACAGCAGUGUUACAAUUGAUGGGUGUAACUACUAGAAAAUAAAAACAAAAUGAACCUGUG